GUGAUGGUGAAUUAUUAGCAUAUUUAUGCUUUAUUGUUCUCAUCAAUCUCCUCUUGUUAUUUCUCCUUUUUCAACUUAUUUAAUAUGAUGUUAUACGCAUAAAUUGGAACUCACCAAACUUUGGUAGUCAUGAAGGAAUAAUUCCUCUCCAAUGGUUAAAGAACUUACACAUGAAACAAGAAUUACAUAAAGACUCCAAACCUCUCGUUGCUGCUUCAAUUCCUGUUCUAGAGUACAGUGAUGUUAUAGAUUCUGAUGUACACACAUACCAAUGGAUAAGAAACCUCAAUUAUUUUGGUAUAUGUCUCAUUGACAAUGCUCCAAUAACUACUGAUGUAUUAGAAAAGCUUGUCGGAAAGUUUCCACAUGUACAGCCUACAACUUAUGGAAAUUAUCCACUCUUGUAUGCCAAGGAUGAUCCAACUGAUCUUGGUUUCAGUACAUCCAACCUACACUUCCAUCAAGACUUAUUGUACUAUGAGUCACCACCUGGUAUUGAAUUGUUCCACUGCGUUAGAAGAGAUUCUUGUGUUGUGGGAGGUGAGAAUAUAUUUCUUGAUUUCUAUCCAGUCCUGGAAGAACUCAGACAAGAAGCCCCUCAGUAUUUUGAGGUCCUCACUAAAGUACCAGUUUCAUUUCAGAGACGACAUUACAUGAAGAAUGACGUUGAGACCCCAUCUGAUAUGGGUAUAUCACGCCCACACAUCCAAUUGGACAGAUAUGGAGAGGUUGCUACUGUUAAUUGGAACACUCAUCACCAAGAGCCUGUAAUGCUGGAUGACCUGGAUCUACUGGAUAGCUAUUAUAAAGCUUUCUUAUACAUGUCAAGGAAAAUCGAGAGCUCAAAGUAUCAUUUGGAGCAUUGUCUGUUACCUGGACAAAUCAUUGCAUUUAAUAAUCGUCGUUUUCUACACUCCAGAAACUCAUUUCAACUGAACGGUGGAUUCAGAAAUUUUCAUACUACCUAUGUGAACAUUGAUUACCUCAGAAGUCAGUUCCUUGUACUUGGAAAGGCUUUAGGUUUUAACGAGAGCCCAAAGAACAUUUUUAUGUCUACUCUGUGAAAUUUGUACUUUUUAUAAUAACCAAAUUAAUUUUUUUUAUUGAUGCUAA